UUCCCUGGCGAACCGAGCAAGAUAGCUGACCUGAUUGACAACUGGGCUCUGUUCGUAAAGCUUGCACAGAAUGAAGAGUGGAAACCGUCUAGCGUUGACUACUUCUUGUCUCAUUGUAAGCUGGAAGGGUGCACUAGCGGGCUGACAAGCUCGAGCCUCGAGAGGUGCAAUAGCACCAGUUUCAUUGUAGCCAAAGAGUCUGCUUUUCUUCAUGGUCAAGACCCAAGCAGCCCAAAUAAUGCCGUGCCAACAUACGUCAUUUAUCGAGAGCAUAACAGUUUCUUGGAGGUCGCCUACUGGAUGUUCUUCCCGUAUAACUACGGGAAGCUGGUCUGCGUUGGACUUUAUAGUGGAUGCCCGCCAUGCUCGAGAGUUUGGGGCAAGUGUCCCAAAGUUUGCCCACAAGAUUGCAUUGGAGGAUAUUCAGCAUUUGGGCACCACGUUGGAGACUGGAGUGGGAGAAAGUUUAUGUUCGUUUCCAAAAAGUCAACGCCGACUACCAGAUCUACUCCAUUUACCUGUCGAUGCACAACAGCGCGCAAUUACAAAAAAGUUUGGUGGUGAGUUUCUCUGGCAAGGUGGUUAGUUUAAGAGGGGAGAUAAAACCCUGGCAAUGUUUGAAGGUACUCACGCAAUAGUCUUCUGUGCCGCAGGCUCACAUGGGAUGUGGCCGGAUACUGGACGACACGAAUACCUGAAGCUUUCAAACGGAUACGCCCUGGUAGACCAGACCAGCAGCGGUACAAGUUGGUACACAUGGGAAUAUUUGAAGCCUGUCCAGUACGAUCCUAG